AAUGACAAUACGAGGAGGUUGGAGUAAUAGCCACGGCACGGAUCCACCUAACGUUCCAAAGUCCAAACACACAAGAAAGUAAAUAAAUAAAUAAACCGGGCGACCACAAGAGUAGUAAAACUAACCUAAAUCCAAUAGUCUAAAGAGAAGGAAUCGGAUCGAAGAUGAAUGGUUGGAGGAGAUUAACUGUUGUUGUAAUUGUGCUUUGUGCUUUUUGGGAAUUGGGCGAUUGCAGAGAGAGAGACGACAACCUUAUAAGGAUGAAGUUAGGAGGUUUCCGUGAUUCUCAUAACUCCGCCGCCGAGAUUCAAAGUCUUGCCCAAUUUGCCGUUCAACAGCACAACCAAAAACAGAAUGCUUUUCUUGAAUUAUCAAGGGUGUUGAAGGCCAAGGAACAGGUGGUUGCCGGUAAAAUAUACCAUCUUACACUGGAAGUUGUGGAUGCCGGUAAAAAUACUGUGUAUGAAGCCAAAGUAUGGGUGAAGCCAUGGAUCAACUUUAAGCAAUUGCAGGAAUUCAAGCCUGCUCCAGAUGGUCCUAAACUAGGAUGGCAAACAGUGCCAACAAAUGAUCCUCAGGUCCUAGAUGCUGCAAAUCAUGCUAUUAAGUCCAUUCAGCAGAGAUCCAACUCAUUGUUCCCUUAUGAGCUUCUAGAAAUCCUUCUAGCUAAGAUCAAGGUAAUUGAAGAUUAUAUAAGGUUUGAGUUACUUCUGAAGUUAAGGAGGGGCAAUAAGGAAGAAAAUUUCAAGGUUGAAAUUACUAAGAAUAAAGAAGGAAAGUUUCUUAUGAACUAUGUGUAAUAUCAUGUUUAUAUAAUCAAAUAACUGUUUACUGAUAUCGCUAUCCACUCCAUUUCAACGCAAGACAAUAAGGAACUUGUUUUUGUUCUUUAAUAUGUAUAUUGUGUCUGCAGUCUUGUCUGUAUAACCUUUCUCUUGUCAAUGCUUUGUAUACAUGUUGAUGUCAAUGAAUUGGAUUUAAUUAUAUACUUUUCUUUGUUGCUUUUAAA